AUGCUUUGUACUUCCACCUUUGCUCUAGGUACAGAGGCAAGUUAUUGGACUACUUCAGUGAGUUCGACUCCAAGGAAUUAUAUAGGAUGUUAUGCAUAUCAUCGCCACUCAAGUGAUACUCAUCGAGGUGAUGUGUGUCGAAAUGGUAUGAAGAAGACAGCACCUGCUGUGGAAGUAAAGUAUCAUGCCCCUAUGUUAACAAAGAAAAUAUUUGAGAUUAAGGUGAACACAAUCUCACCAUGGGGAUCCCUAGAAAAAGAGCGUAUAUUUUCCUGCUAUAGUCAACUGCGGGAAAUUGGGAUGCUAGAAUCAAAGACCCCUAACUCUUUGAUUACUCCAAAUAUGCUGUCGACGCUCUUAAGUUCCACAGGUGUUCUUGAGAGUUCUUCACUCUCCACUGCAGGCAGUAAGAGAACACUCACCUAUCCGGACUGUGAUCAAGAUUGUCCUGUGCAGAAAAUUCCUCGAUUAUGCUGA